AUCGCCAAGAGCACCAAGUCGUUGCCAGAAAUUAAUUCUAUUCCAGGUAGCUAUGUUUGGGAUAACCCCAAACCCACGGAGAAGAGCAGUGAAGAAGAGAACAUUGCCAUUGACCUCUUAGAAUUGACUACUAGAGACGAGGACGAUCGGGAAGAGAUGAUCAAUUCUCUCCGACAACUGCGAAACAGUGCUGCCAAGAAAAGAGCGAAGAUGAGCGGCAGUCUUUCUGAUCUCGACAGUCCAGACUCCAUGAAAAUAGAUCUGAAUAUGGAUUCUCCAUCUUCAACAUCAUCACCAAUUAAUGGAUCUUAUAGUGAAAGUGGGGUCUACAGCCGGGAGUCCCUCACCUCUCCACUCUCUCCCACGCCACAGUUGAAGAGAUUAUCUGAAGUUAUUACUGUUCCAAAGCCAAAAGUACGGCCGAGAGUUCCCUCAGCUUCUCGGAGUAAGGAUACUGGGAAAAAGGCAGACAGCCUACAGCAAGGAAACCUUGCCAAUGAAAAGUCAGUAAGAGUGAUUGGUCAGCGGAUGUAUUACAGGAAUGGGCCUGCAGAUGCUGAAGAAGAGAGUUCUAAGGAGGUUACUCCCAUGCUUACAAGACAUCCGCCAAAGCCACCA